AUGAGUGCUAACAAAUGGUGGAGUAAUGGUGAUUUACCACCGCUAUCUAUGCGAUACUUUCAUCCCUCAUUACAAUUUUUACCACGAAAUGAUCAAUUGGAAGAAAAGGAUAAAAUUUUAGAAGAACGUUUGACAAAUUUAAACAUGAAUGAUGGUGAAAAUCAAAUGGAAACAUUAGCAUCGUUAGAAAAACGAUCGGAAAUGCUAAGGAUAAAUGGUAGAAGUUGUUUUUUGGUAAAACACAUAAGACUUGGUGAAUACAAAUCAGAACUUGACAACAUACCAGAAGUUGACAAUAACAAACUAAAACUUGACUGGAUUGGUAACUCGAUCUUUUAUAUUGAGUUUGGAGGUCAGGAUACGCCUUCAGUGGAUGAUAUAGAAAAACGACUGGCAAAGCUUCGUGGUGUACCAGUAGAGAAUAUCAGAUAUCCUAGGUCUGCAAUUUUAAAUGGAAAUGAAGAAACGGUUGAAAAAUUGAUGAAACGAGCAAGAGAUGAAGCCAUAUUAGAAACAAAGUGGGAUCGUUCUAGGAAAUCGGAAGAAGAUGAUGUUGAUCCAGAAGAAUUUAUCAAAAUGUGCGAAAGUGAUGCCUCACUUUCAGAGUUGAGUGGAAAGUUAUCCAUAUCAGAUACAGAUGUAACGAUGGGUCGGGAUACGAUUCGGAAUUUAAAAGACAUACAGCGAACGAUAAAGUUGGCCAAGCAACGAAGUAUGAAGGCAGCUAAGCUGACAGGAAGCGUAGGCAAUGAUAAUGAUUCCGUGGACAACGAAAUUAAGAAGCUGAUGAAAUUAACUAAUCAAAGUAACGUAAAAUCGGAAAAAAUAAGUGACGAAUUGAGCAAGUUUUGGGAGAAAAGAUUCAAUCACAACUUGUCUUCUUCCGAGUCUAGUAUCAAAAGCGAAAAUCCGGAUGAUGAUGCCGAAAUUGAUUAUGAAGAACUACAAAAGGUUGUACUUGAAGCUGAGAAAGCGGAGAUGGAAGCCACAGAAAUGAUAAAACAGUCAAAGAAAAGUGACAAGAAAUAUGGUAUAUUUUCCAAAAUCUUUCAUUCUCGAUAA